AUGGACAAUGAAAUUUUAAUUGAGCUAGUUAGAGCUAGGAAUUGCUUAUAUGAUUUAAGUCACAAAAAGUAUAGUGACUAUUCGUUUAAGGAAUCAAUAUGGAAGGAAAUUGGAGAAGAAAUGAAUCAGCCAACACAAGAAUGUAAAAAGUCAUGGGCAAAUUUAAGGGACGCUUACAGAAGAGCUAUUAAAAAAAGUGCAACAGUGUCCGGUCAAAAAGCCAAAAAUGUUAAAAAAUGGAAAUACGAAUUGGAGAUGGAAUUUUUGAAACCGUACAUGAAGGAAAGGGAAACAGUAUCCUCAGUUGAUACUAAAAGUGACGAAGAAAAAAGUAGUUCCGAUUCAGAAAACGAAUUAAAUUAUUCUAAAAACGAAAUAAAUAAAUCUGGAAACAUCAUAUUGGAAAGUAUUAUUUCACCUGAAGAAAAUAUUACAAAUAGUACACCAUCGGAACUAUCUCCAAAAUUUUGUAAACCUCCACCAAAGAAAGUUAUGACUCCCAAAAAAAGAAAAAAAAAUGAAAGCCAUGUAAGUUCAGAAUCUGCGUCCUCGCAUUUGAUGAGAUACAUCAUAGAAAAAGAAAAGAAAGAAGAAGUUAAGGCAAAUACAGAAAAAAAUGAAAUUAAUGUGAUUGAUCAGUUUUUUCAAAAUAUGGGUUCGACGGUGAAACAAUUUUCUCCUUAUCUCCAGCAUUUGGCUAAAACAAGAGUUUUUUCUGUGAUUUCCGAGUUGGAACUAGAUCACAUAAAAUCUCAAAAACUGCAUGAACAACAAUAUCAAAAACAAUACCAACAACAACAUAUAUCGGCGUUGCAACCAAUAUAUCAAUCCACACAAGAUUAUACUGACGGUUCAAUAAGUCACCACUCUGAUUCAUCAAACGUAGGUAACUUUUUAACAACAUUCAUACCUUAA